AUGAUAAUUUACAUAUUGUCAGUGGUACUAUCAUCUAUAACAGUAGUCAGUGGAAUACAAUGUUAUUCAGGAAGUCAGCUGCAGGUUAUAGAAUGCCCAAGCAUGAACUGUAUUAAACAGUCACUUGGAUUUGACACAGUAAGAUACUGCGAUGGAACAGGCGUAUCAUCAAUUUGCCAAACAUACCGCAUAUUCGAGGCUUGUCAAACAAUCCCAAAUCUUGGACAGAUAUGUUGCUGUGCAGAUAACCUGUGUAACUCUUCUCAACGUGUCUUCAGUUCCAAAUUUUCAUUUAGUGCUUUACCACUGCUUUAUUUGUUAAGGAUAGCAUUAUUGUAA